UUGCGCUCCGGGGCUGGAGGCCGGUCGGGCAGCGCGCUGUUGCUUUGUAAAAAUGCGUGUGUCUUCUGGCGUUCUGGCUGGGGCCCGGAGGCGACACCCCAGGAGGUCUGGGGCUAUUCUCCCUCCAGCCCCCACUCUUUUUCUUUUAACUGCAAAGAUGGGUUCUUUAAAAAUAUGAUCCUAUGGCUCUUUGCAGAAUUGAAAUAGAGCAUGUUAAGCUUCCUGGAGAUUGACGCGUGUAGAUUCAGCUGCUCAGGAGCAGGGAGCUUCCGAGCAGGACAAUAGCUAUUGUUGUUGGGGAGUGUUUGCGGGUAGUUGGGAGCACAGGCGGAUGUGAGGUUGGACUUCUUUUUUAAAGCAAACAGUGCCUCAGGUCCGGUGGAGACCUGGGGGCUUUGAGGGCGGGUUGAAGAGGACCUAGAGGAAUUCUAAGUCAGAAUUCAGGCUUCCAAAUUUUUGCUAGGCCCUGCUAGCACCCUUAAGACUUUGGAGUGUGUGUGUGUGUGUGUGUGUGUGUGUGUGUGUGUGUGGUCGGGGUGGUGGGGGUGGUAUUUCUUCCUUUCUGUUUUCUUUCCUUUUCUGUUUGGACGGGGGAUCAAGGAUUAAGUUCCAGGGAGAAAAAUAAAAAAGAAAGAAAAAGUUUAAGACACCCCCUCCCCCCCUUAGUUUUAUCAUGAAUGAUAUUUCCAGUGCGAUUCUGGUUUCCUUCAAGGCUUGAUUUAGAGCUUUGUAUGUAUGUCUGUGUGUGUAUGUUGCUAAGGUCACCAUGGCUGACCGGGCUGCUGCGGAAAGAGCCUGCAAGGAUCCCAACCCCAUAAUUGAUGGCAGGAAGGCCAAUGUGAACCUGGCAUACUUGGGAGCAAAACCAAGGAUCAUGCAACCAGGUUUUGCCUUUGGUGUUCAACAACUUCAUCCAGCCCUUAUACAAAGACCUUUUGGGAUACCUGCCCACUAUGUGUAUCCACAGGCUUUUGUGCAGCCUGGAGUGGUCAUUCCACACGUCCAGCCGACUGCAGCUGCUGCCUCCACCACACCUUACAUUGAUUACACUGGAGCUGCGUAUGCACAAUACUCUGCCGCAGCUGCUGCUGCCGCCGCCGCCGCCGCCUAUGACCAGUACCCCUACGCAGCCUCCCCAGCUGCUGCAGGAUACGUCACCGCCGGGGGCUACGGCUACGCUGUGCAGCAGCCAAUCACCGCCGCGGCACCUGGGACAGCUGCCGCCGCCGCUGCAGCAGCUGCCGCCGCAGCAGCGUUUGGCCAGUAUCAGCCUCAGCAGCUGCAAACAGACCGAAUGCAAUAGACCAGCCAUCUGAUCAAAGUUGAAUUGUUUUCUCUCUCCCU